CGCCAGAGAAGUGCACAUUGUAUCAUCACGGCGCCUUCAAAGCGCUCUCUCUAGCCCCGGUUUUCGUCCCGACGUCGGCUCUCGCUUAAGCCUGUUCCUGCGUUACUUUUCCGAUCAGCGACGCUGUGCGCACUUCUAAAGUUGUAUUUCUCGUCAUCAUAAUGGACUCCAACCCUGUUCCCGGAGCUAUCCCAGCUGUCCCGGAUACCAACAAAGCCGCUGAGCCCGCCGUUCCCGAACCCCCCGCCAAUGUCCCUCAAAGCGCUGAGACCGACACUGCGAAACCGGUUGAGCCUACGGCCGCGGUGCCAGCACCGGCAUCCACAUCGGAGGCCAGCAAACCCGCCGAGUCCGCCGCCGCCGCCGCCGCCGAUGCCCCCAAACCCGCCACCGUAGAGGACGUCACGGACAAUGAAGCUCCUACUAUAGGCACUAGUGCCCAUGCCCCUGCAGGGCCUGCUGCUUCGGCUGUCGAGCCAUCGGCCACGGAAGCCGCUGCCGCCGCCGCAGAACCUGCGACAGAAACCGUCGAUAAAUCCGCCGAGCAACCUCCCUCUGCAGGCCAACCCGAAGCAGAAGCCGGAACGGCCACUGCAGAGACGGAAAAUCCCAACAAGGCAGAACAGAAACCAGGUGCCGCAGCCGAUGAGCCGGUCAUUGACAAGCCUUCGGGCGUCAACGGCGAUGCGGCGCCGGCCGUGCCAUCCAAGGACGUAGAGAUGACGGGCGCGCUCGCGGACGCCGAGGCCGCGCAGCCCGCAGUUGCGCCCGCUACCGAAGCCAAACCUAGCGACGAGGACGGCAAGACCGAGGCCGAACCUGAAGCCAAGGCCGAGACACAAUCGUUGCAACCUGGCGAAAAGAAGCGCAAGGCGGACGAGCUCGGGGAGUCGCCAAAUGGCCACGAUGACGCUGCAGCGAGCAAGAAGCGCAAGCCCGGGCGGCCGCCCAAGGCCAAUGGCGCGACAAACGGCAGGGAGAAGGAGUCUGUGGGCCAGAAGAUGGCCAAGAAAGUGAAGAAGGUGAUUCCUUCUGUUGGAAAGACGGAGCGUAGGACGAGGAGCCAGGGGCCAGUCUGAUUUGAGUCGUGUCUGGCUAAGUUUUAUGCUUUUCUUUCUUCCUUUUUUUUCUUUUAUUAUGAUUGGGGAGGGGUUUCGAGGGG